GGUUGUCUUGAAAUGAGAAAUGUCGGAGUGAAACUGUCAAAAAAUUCAAAUAAACAUUAGUAUUUCCUUUAUUUUGGGUUUCUAGACUUUUAAAAUGUGAUAAUUGUGUUCAAAUCAACAAUGGCUCAGGGCGUAUUAAGCUCGGAUAUCUCGAGGAGAAAUCCUCAGGACGAGUAUGAGCUGAUUCAACGUAUAGGAAGUGGAACCUAUGGUGAUGUGUAUAAGGCUAAACGUAUUUCCACAAAUGAUUUAGCUGCAAUAAAGGUUAUAAAAUUGGAACCUGGAGAUGAUUUUGCCGGAGGUGGCAGCUGUGGAAAGAAAAGGUGGCUACAAUCAACUCUGCGAUAUUUGGGCUAUUGGUAUUACUGCGAUUGAAUUGGCAGAGCUUCAACCUCCUAUGUUUGACUUACAUCCAAUGAGGGCGUUGUUUCUUAUGUCGAAAAGUGAUUUUAAACCGCCAACUUUAAAAGAUAAAGAGAAAUGGAGUCCAACAUUCCACAACUUUGUGAAAGUUGCAUUGACGAAAAAUCCAAAAAAAAUGCCAACUGCUGAAAAACUUCUACAGCAUGCAAUAUUUCAGAGUGAUAUGAGCAGAAGACUUGCUCUUGAGUUGUUGCAGAAGGUGAACAAUCCAUUACAUAUGUUUACAGGUAUGGAGGCAGAUGAAGAUGGGGCUGUACCCAAUGUACCACAGCGUAUAGCAUCACGGCUCACAUCACGACCCAGAGGUCAGAAUCUUGUUCAAACAGUUGAUGUGGAUAUAGAGAAUAUAGAUGAAGUCAAUAAUACUUUACAAAGAUCAGGACCUUGUAUAAGCUCAAAUGGAGAUAAACCAGAAAACUGGGAUGUUAUGGAUAUCAUGAACAACGUUACUACAGUGCACAAUUGUGUAGAACACCAAAAUGAGAAAUGUGGUUUAGGGGUGGCCUUCGAUUCGUUGAAUCGUGAAAAGAGUCUCUUGCAGUACAUUGACGAAGAGUUAAUGAUGAGGGGAACCUACAAAUAUCAAGUGGCCGACUCUUAUGAUCAACAGGCAACCUUACCAGUUCAAGAUACUGAUUCUAAGUGUGACCUCCAUAACAAUGUAUCCACUCAUAACAAUGAAGGCCUGCUUAAUGGAUCCCCACGUAGACACUCUUCUGUUGAUGAAAUAUUUCCAAUGGUUAAUUCGAUGAAUAAACAAGGACAACGCCAAAGAUCCCUUAGUGAUAGUAGUAAAAACGAAAGGAAAGUUAAUGGGGCUGAUGCAGAAAGUGAUCAUCAUAGUAACAGACCUCCAGAUUUGGUUUCAUAUCCUCCUGUACCGCCUCGUAAGCACCGUAGAAGACAUACACCACCUAGGCCACCUAGCAAUGGACUUCCUCCCACUCCCAAAGUUCACAUGGGUGCCUGUUUUUCAAAGAUUUUCAAUGGUUGUCCAUUGAGAAUUCAUUAUACAGCUUCUUGGAUUUAUCCAGAAACCAGGAAUCAACAUAUUUUAAUUGGUGCUGAAGAGGGAAUAUAUAACCUCAAUCUGAACGAUCUGCAUGAGAAAGACAAAGGAAAGAAGGACGCAAAUAGGCAGGAGAGAAUUGAGCAAACGAUGACUUCUAAUCCAAAGGUCGUGGGUUCGUUCCCCGCCAGGGAUGCCAAUUAUGUUGAGUUGCUUUCUAAUUAUAUAAAAUAAAUACUUGGAAGGUGACUUUUUGUGACGAUUUUUUAUUGACAACUUCGUUCUAACUUAAUCUUGUGUCAUAAUGACAAUAACACACUACAAAAAAUAUAACAUGUAAAGCAUGAAACAAUGAAGUACAGCA